AUGACUAGAAAAGAUAAAAAAAAUCGUACUUGUAAAUGUUGUGGUAAAACUUUUUCAAUACCACAAAAGUUUCAUCAGCAUUAUGCUAGUAAUAAAAUUCUAUGUAAACUUUUUAAUCUUGAGAUAGAAGAAAGUUCAGAAUCUGAAUAUUAUACAGCAGAUGAAGAAAUAGAAUAUCUUGAUGCAUUGGGAUUAUUUGAUUCCUCAGAAAUUGGUGAAAGCAGUCACUCAGAGUCCACUCCAUCACCAGAAGCUGAAAGAGAAUAUCUCGAAACAUUAGGAAUAUUAGAACCUAUUUUGCAAUUUCAUCAAACGGAUAUUAUUAGUUCAGGAUGUGAAUUAUUAAACGAUCAUUAUCAA